UCAAAGAGAGAAACAAGUGCACGUGGUCAAUGUGACUGGGGGGAAAGCAGCGCAGAAACGUCUCAGCAUGAGCCAGUGGAAACAGAUUCAGCAGCUGGAGAUCAGACUCCUAGAACAUGUGGACUAUCUGUAUGAUGAUAACUUCCCCAUGGACAUCCGACAGGGUCUGGCCAGCUGGAUCGAGUCUCAGGAUUGGGACACAGCAGCUAACGACGAGUCAAUGGCGGCGGUGCUGUUCACCAACUUGCUGUCCCAGUUGGAGAGGGUGCGCUCACAGGAGCAGAACUUCCUACAAAGGCACAACAUGAAAAUCAUACAACAACAGCUACAGGUGAAAUACAGGACCAACCCUGCUGUCAUGGCCAGACUUAUCUCCACCUGCCUCAGGGAAGAACGCCGUAUCCUCUCUACCGCUUGCAUGCAGGAACAGGGUCCACUGGAGAAAUCAUUGCAGAAUUCUGUGGCCCUUGAGAGGCAGAAGAACAUGGACAACAGAGUCGGGAUCAUCAGGGGCAGCGUGCAGUUGAUGGACCAGGCUGUGAAAUACAUUGAGGACAUGCAGGACGACUUUGAUUUUCGUUACAAAACUCUACAGUCUCGGGAAUCGUCAGAUAGGAACUCUGAGAUGAUGAAACAGGAAGUAACAAGACUACAGGAAAUGCUUAACAGGCUCGACUUUAAAAGGAAGGAGAUCCUGUCAAAGAUGGAUGUUGUGAUCAAGGACAUUGAUGACCUGAUGACUUCUCAGCUCAACCCUGAGCUGCAGGACUGGAAACGUAGGCAGCAGGUUGCCGCCAUUGGCGGUCCACUGCUGACCGGACUGGACCAGCUGCAGAGUUGGUUUACUCUGACAGCCCAGAGUCUCUUCCAGAUCAAGCGUCAGCUGGACAAACUGGGGGAGCUGGUUGUGAAGGUCACCUAUGAGAGUGACCCAAUCCCGCUGCAAAAACCUCAGAUGGAGGAGCAAGUUAAAUACCUCAUUUAUCACCUCAUCAAGAGCUCAUUUGUGGUGGAGAAGCAGCCAUGCAUGCCUACACAUCCACAAAAACCCCUCAUCAUCAAGACUGGAGUACAAUUUACCACCAAAGUCAGACUCCUGGUUAAACUUCCAGAAGUGGAUUAUCAGCUGAAGGUGAAAACAACAUUUGACAAGGACCUCCCUCCUGGCAGAGUAAGUCGUCAGUUUUUCAUCCUGACCAACAACACUAAAGUUAUGGAUAUUGAGGACUACUCCAAUGGCUGCCUCUCGGUGGAGUUUAGACACCUGCAGUUGAAAGAGAAGAAAUAUAUCAAUGGCACAAAGGGACUGGAGGGUCUGCUCUCUGUGACAGAAGAACUUCACUCUCUCAGUUUUGAGGCUUGCUUCACGGUGCAGGGCCUCACCAUUGAUCUGGAGACAUGUUCUCUGCCACUGGUGGUAAUUUCCAAUGUGAGCCAGCUGCCUGGAGGCUGGGCGUCUGUCAUGUGGUAUAACCUUCUGACGGAUGAGCCGAGGAACUUGGCGUUCUUUGGAAACCCACCUCGGGCCAGCUGGAAUCAGCUCUCUGAGGUCCUUAGCUGGCAGUUCUCCACCUUUGCCGGUCGGGGCCUCAACAAGGAACAGCUAACCAUGCUGGGAGAAAAGCUUCUCGGUCAGCAUGCCUCCUGUAGUGACUAUCAAGUGUCCUGGUCUAAGUUCUCUAAGGAGAAUAUUCCAGGAAAGACCUUCAGUUUCUGGAUGUGGCUGGACUCCAUCCUGGAGCUCAUCAAGAAACACUUGCUGGCAGUUUGGAAUGAGAACUACAUAAUGGGUUUUGUGAGUAAAGAGAUGGAGCGCACUCUGCUGAAGGACAGAGAGCCGGGCACUUUCCUCUUACGCUUCAGUGAGAGUCACCUCGGAGGUAUCACUUUUACCUGGGUGGAGCACGACAAUGGAGAUGUGAAGUUCAACUCUGUGGAGCCCUACACUAAAAACCGGCUUAGUGCUCUCCCAUUUGCCGACAUUAUACGAGACUACAAAGUGAUCUCAGACGGGGUUGUCCCAGAGAACCCGCUCAAGUUCCUUUACCCUGACAUCCCCAAAGACGAGGCCUUCGGUCCGCUUUACAACAGUCAGCCUAGCAAAGGCAAGAGUGCAAAACCAUUUCAUCAUUUAGAGUUAAUAUUGUUUAGAGCAUGUUUUGAAUCUUUAUUGGUUGACUGGAUUGUGCGCUACAACACUAAUCUCUCUCACAUCUCUGUUAAAUUUCCAGUCCAUCCAUACAUACCAUCUACCCUGAUUCCCAUCUCGGAAUUGCGCUCUAACUCAAGCGCCACACCACCGUCUUGCCAGUCUCCUGAGCCCCCAAUGACUCCUGGGGAGUUUGACAUGCUCAACGAGCACCUGUGCCUCAUUGACAUUGACACCGUAAGUUUGCAAGCUUUGGCAUCUGGUGGACUGUACCACUUCUAUUUUAAAGGAUAAUGUUGGCAAUAUUCUUUAUUUUCCUUAUUUUAAAUAAAUGCCAUGAAAAGACCAAAACCAACAAUGGACUGAUCCUCUUAACAAGUAUAAGGUGUGUAUCCAAAACCUGGUAUAUCUUAUUCUUCUGUGGCAUACAGCUACAUUGUUGUCCAAAACUACUAAAAACACAUCAGUGAACCACACUCUUGCAUUGGGUGACAUAUUCCUACAUUUACCAUGAACACACACACUGUAGUUUAUUUUGACUGAGUCGCUUGUACAAUGUCCUGCUGCUGUAAAUACUCGCUGGUGCACCAAAUGUAUGUUAAUCCACAGCUGAAAAUAGUCCACAACAAAUGCACUAUUUCCUCUUGUUGGACCUUUUUAAAAAAAAAAAAAUCCACUCCAAAUCCACCGUAAAUCUAUAAAACUAAUUUGUUUUUUAAGAUUUGAAUUUUCAGUAGAAACAAAUGAGUAUAGAACUGACUGCUACACACUGAAAAAAUAUUCAAAGAUGGAUUAAUGCAUUGUUGGUUUUGGUAUUUUCAUGGGAUUUGUUGACAAUAAGAAAAAAUAUAAAAUGGCACCAGCCCCAACCUCUGUGUAUGUGUGUGAGUGAGUGUUGUCAUCUCACAACAGCGUAAGAAAAAACAGAUCAAACAGAUUAACAAAAUGAUCAUGUUGGAAACCAAAUUACCACAGAACAAAUGAUAUAAAACAAGUAGCACAACUUAGUAAUACUUGUAGUGUCAGUGCAGUAUGAAAAGAUGGUUCUGUGUUACCACAUUAGCAUUAACAUUAGCACAUUAGUAUAUUAGUAUAUUAGUAUAAUUAUGCUGUGUUAAUAUCUUUCCAUAUUACUUGUAGGUUUUGCAUUAAAAUUUAUGUAUGUUGUAGUCUGUGUUUUUAUAUACAUAUGUUUGAUAGGUUAGAGGCAUGUAAGUCUUCUCUGUGAAUAUUGUUUGCAUUAACAUGCUAAUUAAAUUGUUUCACUUGUUUUAGUGUUUUAAAAUGUUGUUGUCUUGGGCCAAUUGUAUAAAAUAAUUUACAUAAUCCUAAAAAAGCAGGUUAAAACUAUUAGCUUUUACUGAGUCUAAGCAAAUACUCAAAUGUUUCCAGAAAACGUAGCUGCUAAUUAUUUUUUCUUUUCGUUUUGUAGAGGGGUCCUCCAUAUUAUCUGCUGCUGAUGUUCUUCUUUUGCUUUACAGAUGAGUUCUCCAUAUUCAGAGUAAAGCUAGAUGAAAUGUGCAACAUUUUGCUCAGAGGUUCCUCGAUUCCUUCCUAACAAUGUUUUACCACUGACCUGACACCAGUCUCCAAUCAACGUCUACAUCUUGACAGUCAACUGCGUUAAAAGAGGUUUUUGUGGGGAAAUUGGAUUCAUUACUUGUGCUGUUGUUUGUUGUUUUUUACAUUCAUAAUUGUUCUUGAAAUAAAUUUUGAUGUCACUGUUUACUGUAGAUCUGGACAUCUGACAACUUGGAUUUGAGUUGAUUAUAUUUUUUUGAGUUUCUAUAAA